CCUCGCGCGAGAUUUUGGCAAGUGCAGCACGCGAACAGGCGCGAGCGACGAGUUUUGAGAACAGUUUUGAGUAAUCCAUCGAUAGGCUGCAGCAACCGCUGGCCGCACAAAGCCCCUGCAGCGUUUUGCUGCCCUCGCCGGCAGCCACCGCUGUUUAGAGACGCGUGGAGCGGUGCGACAAACAACUACUCGUUUGCGCGCUGCCUGCGACACACCACUACUUGUUUGCGCGCUGCCCACCUAACUCAUGCGACGACUAGCACUGCUGCUGCUCGUGGCGGCCGCGGUCCGCGCCGAGGACCCGCCGCCGGCCGACGCCGCGCCGGCCGCGACGCCGGGCGAGGAGGUCACGUCGCCGCCGCUGCCGCCGCCGGACGCCGAAGCGACCGUUGACGAGCCACAAACCGAAGAGGCACAGCCCGAGGCGGAGGAAACGCCACCCUCAGUCGAGGAGAAACCGGCGCCCAUCAUGGUCCAGGACGUCGACGACGAGGACGACGCGCCCGCGGCGCCAAAAAAAGUCAUUAACUACGCGUCCAAGGACGCCGGCGCGUUGGUCGUCGAGAAGUCCGGGACCUCGAAGGGCUUCGACAAUUUAUUGGUGGACAACAAGGAUAAAUACGGCAUCACGGACUGCGGUGAGAAGAAGUAUGUGGUGAUAGGUCUGUCGGAAGAUAUACGCAUGACCGAGUUGAUAUUGUGUCAGUAUGAGAAAUAUAGUUCCGGUGUGCGAGAUUUCGACGUGCUCGGUUCGCAGACCUUCCCGACGAAAGAAUGGCUGCACCUCGGCGCGUUCGAGGCGACCUACGCGAAACGAGAACAGUUGUUUGUGUUCCCCGACCCGAAGUAUGUCCGCUACAUCAAAGUUAGGUUUAAUACGCACCACGGCGACGAGGCGUCGUGCACGGUGUCGCAGCUCAAGGUGCACGGCAUCACGGUGAUGGAGGGCAUGCAGGACGACUUGCAGCGGCACCAGAAGGAGCUCGAGGAGCAGAUGGAGUCGAUCGGGGAGGAGGUCCUGCCUGAUGAGGUCGAGGUUUCCGAGGAGGGUGAUGCGAAGCCCGCGGACCGCAAGGAGGCCGCCGAGGCCGCCGCCGCGAAGGCGGCCGAGGCCGUCGCGGAGCUCGAGGCGGCCGAGGCGGCGCUGGCCGUGGAGGAGGUGCGGAAUCGAACACGCGCCAAUGCUACAAAUGCUACAACUCCGAAAAACGCCUCCGUCGGUUCUAGAAUGGUCGACGCGGUCACGGGCCUUGCUGAUGUAGUGAUGGGCAAGGCGAACAAGACGACGACGACGUUACCGGACGAGAUCGAGGUCGUCGAACCCGUCGCGCCGGCCUCGGCCGACAUCGAGCCUAUCGUUAUCGAGGUACCCGUUGUGGAGGUGGUGAACGCGUCGAACGCGACCGUCUCCGUGAAUACGACGAACGCGACCGUAGCCGCAAAUGCGACCGUAUCUGUAAACACGACGGCGCUGAAUGCGACGGCCGCGGUGAACGCGACAAAUGCGACUCUACCAGUAGUAAACGCGACGCGCGCGAACGCGACCGCGGCGAACGUGACGCUGACGCCGCAGCAGCGUUGUGAUUACGCCCUGGACUUCAAGCGGUUCAAAACUCAGAUGCUCGCGAAGUCCAAGGGUCAAAACGCGACCGCGGCGGUCGGGACGGGCACGCAGUUCGAGAGCGUCUUCAAGACGCUCAUGGACAAGAUCCGGGCCUUCGAGAUCAGCCACUCGAUCUACGAGCUGUACCUCGGGCACCUCCAGGCGUGCUACGCGUUUACCUUAGAUAGGUUGGAUCGGAAAGUGGACGACGAGGUGUCCAAGCUGCGCGCGGAGUUGGCGCACGUGCUCGAGCGGCCGCGGCGGCGGUUUAGGUUCUUCGGGAGGCGAUGA